UUGUUUUUAAAAUUAAAUUGUGUGUUUAAACUGUAUUAUUCGGCGUCGCAAAGUUGAAUGUGGUGGAGUUUUAUCGUUUUCAUCCCACAAAAAUCUGUUCUUUUUUCCACAGUAAAUACAUAUAGAAAUUGACUUGCAUAAAAAUUCAUAGUGCGCAUAUGUAUUAAUACAUUUCUUGUGUUAUGUUUUCCUCUGUAGAUCACUCCGAGGUCCCACGCCACUGCGUUACACAGACGUCAAGUCUUCAGUGAGAGCAUGAGGACAAGUUGCUUCCCUUCAAAUUGUAGCUCAAGAAAUUAUGACAUAACAAGGAUCUGCUGCUCAUCACCAUAAUGCUGAGACAGGCAUUCUAAAUCCCUCACUCCUUCUUCAGCACCCAGCCCAGACCCGUUUCUUUUUUGUUUUUUGGAAGUUUUUCCUGGUUUUCCUUAUCCUAUAAUCAAAUCCUUCUUCGUCUUUGCCCUGAUUAUAACCUUUGCACUCUACCUUUUUUUUCUUUUCAUUGACAUCAUGCUGCGUGCUUCCACUCUUUCAGUUCUCCUCCCUCUUACACUUUUUUCGCUCCUCUUCUUUUCCUGGUUUCCCAACAUGGCCAACGGGGACUGCUGGCUCAUUGAAGGAGACAAAGGCUACGUUUGGCUAGCUAUAUGCAGUCAGAACCAGCCUCCCUAUGAGACUAUCCCCCAGCACAUCAACAACACAGUCCAUGACUUGAGGCUGAACGAAAACAAGCUGAAAGCCGUGCUUUUCAGUUCCAUGUACCGCUUCACGAACUUGACCGACCUCAACUUAACCAAGAAUGAAAUCAGCUAUAUUGAGGACGGCGCUUUUGCAGGACAAGCCAAUUUACAGGUUCUUCAAUUGGGUUACAACAAGUUGACGAAUAUCACUGAAGGCAUGAUGAGAGGACUCGGUCACAUGCAGUGCCUCUUCCUACAGCACAACCUCAUUGAAGUUGUUGCAAGCAAUGCAUUCUGGGAGUGCCCCAGCCUCAGCAGCAUUGACCUGUCGUCCAACAAACUCGCCCACAUCGACCCGGUCACAUUCACAGCUCUGAACCGCCUGAUGGUAUGUGAACUGGCUGCAAAUCCAUUCCACUGUGGUUGCGAUCUUCUAGGCUUCCUGCGCUGGCUCGAAUCCUUCAACAAUGUGACGCACACUUACGAUCGCCUCCAGUGUGAAACACCAAGGGAAAUAUAUGGCUACCCCUUACUGAGUUCUUUUUCUUCAAGCCACAGCGGCCGCAAUGCCAAAAACAUUUUGAACCAUCGCUGCAAGGAUGGUGUGAUGAUUCCAGGAAUGACGUCUCUGCCACCAGAUAUCGACGGUCCUUCUGGGAUUGGGCCGGACAUGUUUGGUGGUGUCGGGCCAUACUACCAACCCACCCCAUCGUCUUCAUCCACAGACGACAGCUUGAGCCCGAGCAUUAAGCUCCAACAUGUCUCUUCGUCGUCAGCCUCCGUCAUUAUAAAAAUUCCAAGGCCGUUCAGCAAAAUGUACAUUCUUACACAAUACAACUACUCAAUGGCAUCUGAUGUCACCAAUUUGAAACUGAUGAUACAAAAAAUAACUCUCGACAAGCUUAGACCUAGCAAUAAUUACACCUUCUGUGUGUGCUCUGUCCGUAACUCUCAGCGUUAUAACCACACCUGUCUCCAGUUUACCACGCGAGGCCAAAAUCGGGACGAUAUGCUCCCCACUCCCUCAACCACUACUCACUACAUAAUGACCAUUGUAGGCUGCCUUUUCGGCAUGCUCAUUGUCAUAGGAAUUGUCUACUACUGUCUUCGUAAAAAACGAAUGCAUGACGAGAAGAAAAAGUCCAUCUCUGUGAAAAAAACUAUUCUUGAAAUGCGUUACGGGCCGGAGGUGGCAGCAGCAGUAGCAAAUGAUCCAUCGGCAGUCCAAAAGCUUCAGGAGCAGUCCAGGGAGCAUCACCAGUAUCAGCAUCACCAUGGCGGAAAACUGUCCACGUCCUCCAGCUCUGGACUGCUACAUUCUGCAAACACUACCUCCUCGAGACUUUCCUCUAUCCCUCAAGUGGAAAAGAUGGCCUCAGCUUUCUCCGAAGCAAUGGCUACAAGCAAAGGAAACUACAUGGAUGUGAGAACUGGAGGGGCUGGGAUGGAAAGAGUGGGGGACGGUGGCCAUGGUGGGAGAAGGGGCGACGACCUGAGGGAUGACGACGGAACCGAUCUUGCCGAUGAUUCAGAUGACGACGGGCACGGCUCCGUCUCGGAGAUUUCUACCAUUGCCAUGGAGGUGGACAAAGUUAACCAAAUUAUUAACAACUGUAUUGAUGCCCUUAAACUUGAUGCAGCAGCAGUCGCUGCUUCAGGCACCUCCACUAGCCAUACGGCUUCUAACAAUCCCACCUCCCCACCUCCCACCAGCACCUCCCCCCUUACCCGUGGCCUAAUCCCAGGAGGGACAGAGACGUGUCAGGUCAUUGCUCCAAACAAAAUACCACCUCCUCCGCCCCUGCCUGCACUAAACACCCCUCUCUCUGAGCGACCAGGGAUCACUGGCGGGGGCUUCGUUGUCUCUCCCCCGUACAGGCACCCUCCCCCAGCCACAGCUGCACGUCCCAUUCAGCGGCAAAUGAGUGCAGAUGCAGCUGUUGUUAUGGCAAAUGCUGUCAAAAAACAGAGCAGCACCACAUCUUGUGGCUCAACAGGUCGAGACAGGGAACGUGGAGGAUCUCGAGUGUACAGUCUGGAUGUUCCUGAACCAAGAAGCCCGGAUGCCUGUAACCAACAACAGCCGCAGUACCCAGACCGAGCCAGUCCUGUGGGAUGUGGGGAGCCGCUGGAGAGACUGCCUUUAGUAGGGAGUGGGAGCUGUGGAGGAGGGGGUGGUGGUUGCGACAGUGGUGGUGUUGGUGCCCAACAUCCGGACAGCCAGAAGUCACAUCAUUACCAUCAGCAACAGCAGAUACAGCAGCAGCAGCAGCAGCAGCUGGACGUGCAGCAGGACUACCACUGCUCGGAGCACCGCCACUCUGUCCCAGCUCUUUACUACCAAGGGUCCCACCAUGGCUCCCCAGCCCAGCGGGUUUCUUUUCUAAAACCCCUGACACGAUCCCGCAGGGACGCAGCAUCCUAUUCCCAGCUUUCCCCUGCCCGCCAACACUCCAGUUACUCUGGAUACUCUUCUAGCCCAGAGUACUCAUCGGAGAGCUCGCUGCGCAUCUGGGAGCGCUUUCGUCCAUACCGAAAAGGGCCUCGCGACGAGGCCUGUUACGUGACAGCUGGAAACGCUCUUCGAAAGAAGGUGCAGUUUGCUAAAGGCGAGGACCUGCAUGACAUCCUUGAUUAUUGGAAGGGUGUCUCUGCUCAGCAGAAGUUGUAACUGGGAACGGAAGUUAAGCAGAGUGGGAAAUGGAGUUUUGGUACUUUUUAUCCUGAUAAGCCCAUGGGCCAGAGAAACCAUUUGAAGUUUAUUGAGGGGAAAAAUGUAGGACAAAUUUUUCCCAUGGGCUUGUUUUUUUUUUUUUUUUUUUUUUUUUUUUUUUUUGGCAUGCUAGGUGUAUAGGAUAUUGUGCUACAAGCAAGUACUGUGAGACUGUGCCUGGGAAUUGGACAUUCAUUACAGUGCUUUUUUGAAGUUUUUUUUAACACUUCAUUGUAGCAUUUUUUCCCCUUUUUUUGGUGUUUGUGUGUUCCAUUUAUUAUACAGGGAACAAAUGCCUACUGUGUAAUUUAGUACUCUUUGAAGUGAUCAUGUUUUGUGAUCCUAUGGACCAUUUUUUAAUCAGUGCCAUGUUUCAUCUUAAGCUUUAAGCUUAUUUGAUCCUAGAUGUUCCUGUUGUGUAUCGGAGUUUACAUUCAUUUCAGCUUUUAAAUGAUAGGUGACGUGGAACGUAUGGAAUCAAGACCCUUUUUUGCAAAUUCAAAGAUUGGUAAAAAAUCUGCACAAUGCAGUGUUGUACUCUUUCCUCUCUUUCAAGCAUUUGUUGCAAUGAAUAAAGCAAACAGAUCAUUUGCAUUCAAAUGCUGACAUGAAAUUAUCAGGUCAAAAUUAACUAUUCAGCUGUGUGAAUUUGGAGAGAGAUGAGAAAAAGAAGCAGUCUCCAAACAAGCAUUGAAAGUCCAUCCUUCUAGUGUUUUCACCCAUGCAGUGUAGGUUUUUAUUAAUUUAUUUCCUGCGUUUUAAAAUUUGAACAGUCUAAGUAUUUUAGAUUUUGAACCAGGAAUGAUUAAGUUAAGUCCAGAGUCACCAGAAAAAGUGAUAUUGGCCUUUAGUUUCACACCAAUAGGAAGUUGCCAUGUCAACUUCAGCAUCUUUAGCAGCUUUGGCUAACUUUUCUUAUUUUACCAGGUAUUCCAAAUGCUACUAAAUAAAUGAAGGUUUCUCCAAUGUUUUUGUGGCCUUGUGUUAACUGGCCAUAGGAAGUUCGUAACCCUGUCUGGGCUACUCAAGAACUGCUUCUUUUCUUACUUCAAAAUAAGGGUCUCAAACAUUGAUAACACAGGCUGUCAAGUGUAAAGCAGUCACCUUUGUAUCCAGGGCUUAAACAGCAGCUUAGAUUCACUUCACCAGGAGACGUUCUGACCUGGAUGGAAAUGGAUUUAGCUUCGUGAGCCAUUUUUAUAUCCUGAGUUCUCAUGCCACUGAUAACACCCCUUGUUGUUGAGGUUUAACACAAAAUUUUCGUUAUUUAUAGAUGAGUUUACAUAUCUCCCCUUGAAAACUGUUGUAUUCCCCACCGACCAAAAAAGACCAAAAACAUGUGAGUGAAAGAAAUGCAAUCGGAAGAUGACGUACAAACAAUAUUUCUGAGUACAGGAGAAAUGUACAUAGGUUAUAAACGUGUAAUGUUGGAGAGUAUCGUUUAAUAUGAGCAUGACGUUACAUUCCAAACCCUUUUGUCAAACAUUCAAAAUGAACGAGGCACAGUAGGAAAGGGUGCUUAUGAUUACUGCCAAUGUGUUUAUUCUGUUUCGGAAACAAUCGCUAUUGUCUAUAAAUGAUAACCUAAUUAACCAACUUGUGACAGGCAUGUCCUCUUGCACUUUAUGCCUCAUAAUUGUGUAUGUGUAGCUGUGUGGUACACAGUGGUCAUUGUAAGGAAGUGUCGGCAUGCCUUGUCAGAUAAUAUCUUAUAUGCCCAAACAGGCUUAAAUUAAUAUCUUUUUUUUUUUUUUUUCCCCUGUGUCUGGUUGUCUCAGUCUGAACAACAAUAGAUUAUUAAUGGUAUGUACAAAUGUACAUAUGUCAUACAAGUUCAUGGUACGUUUUGUCAUACUUCGGACAUCACAGUGCUGUGAUUACUCAAAAAUGUUCUGUGAUUUUUUUUUUUUUUUUUUUUUUUGGUAACAGCCGUCAGUGGACCUUGCUCACAUUUUUGGGCAAAUUAACCCUUUUCAUAAUCUGCAAUUUGUGUCACUACCCUGGAUUUAAAAAAAAAAAAAAAAAAGAAGUUUAGUUAUUCAGCCAUCGAGGACAUUCUGUGCUAAACUUAAACAUGUGAAAGUUUAUUUAGCUGCUAUGUUUUUAACAUUCUUCUACGGUUGUCUUUUACCGACUUCCCACCUUACCUACCUCCUUGGGUAAAGUAGGAUGUUGGUAUGAGGGGAAGUAAUGAUCUGAUAUGCAGGCACACAUAAGCAGUAUUUUCUGGAUUGUUUCAAGUGUUGAACUUUUGCAGUUGACCUUCAGCAUCACCUAUAUUUAUUCUGGUGAAUAAAUGCAAGGUGAACAGAAAAUAUGCAAAAGCAUGUCCAUGCAUCUCCGUACCGAUCUCAUUCUCGUUUUAUCUCUUUAAACAGUGGUUACCUUACACUUUCUUUUUUCUACCAAUUUUGCUAUUGCGAGGCAUUGAGAAGAAGCAUCUCUUUGAAAUUCCAAAUUCAGAUAUGAGAGGUGGAAACACCAAAACAAAAUUCAUGUUUUGAAUGUGGCUUUGUCGGUGCUGUAAUAUCCCGUCCCGAGCGCCACGUUUCUAGCGUAGACCACCGUUUCAUGAUUAUUGAGACGUUUCAACUUUUGUUGCUUUCCAAUCAUCUCAAGUAAAAAAAAAAAAAAAAAAAAAAAAAAUAUUUUUCAAG